AUGGCUUGGUGGUGUCUGGAUGGGCUUCCUGAAGGCCUUGCUGAGCCAUGGAGAGAACUCUGGAGAUUGGGCUCACAGCCCCUGCACUGCAUACCUCCUUCCUCACCUCCGACUAGGAACAGCAGAGACUGUAGGAACUUAAGGAGGAGGGAAAACAUAGAUGACUGGACACAGAAUCUAGAGACUUCAAAUGAUGUGGAGAUGUUUCGACCUUCAGGUUCCACUGGGCUGAUUCCCCCAUCCCACUUCCAAGCUCGUCCCCUUCCAACUCUAUCAAGAAUGGCUCCCACCUGGGUCUCAGACAUUCCCCUGGUCCAACCCCCAGCCCAUCAAGAUGUCUCAGAGAGGCGGCCAGACCAGAGACCUCAAAUGAUAAUGUGGGAACAGGAUGUUUCUGGCAAUGUGCAGGAGCCAGGGCGGAGAGGCAGGUCUGUGGAGCUAGAGGGGUCACAGGCCUUGAGCCAGCAGGCUGAGCUGAUCUCUCGGCAGCUGCGAGAGCUGCGGCGACUUGAGGAGGAGGUCCAGGUCCUGCGGGAGACUUCAUUGCAGCAGAAGAUGAGGCUGGAGGCCCAGGCCAUGGAGCUGGAGGCUCUGGCUCGGGCGGAGAAGGCUGGCCGAGCUGAGGCUGAGGGCCUGCGUGCUGCCUUGGCUGGGGCUGAGGUUGUCCGGAAGAACCUGGAAGAGGGGAGCCAGCGGGACCUGGAGGAGGUUAAGAGGCUGCACCAAGAGCAGCUCUCCUCUUUGACGCAGGCUCAUCAGGAGGCUCUUUCUAGUUUGGCCAACAAAGCUGAGGGCUUGGAGAAAUCUCUGAAUAGUCUGGAAACCAGGAGGGCAGGGGAAGCCAAGGAGCUGGCUGUGGCCCAGAAGGAGGCUGAGCUGCUGCAGAAGCAGCUGAGCAAGACCCAAGAAGAUUUGGAAGCACAGGUGACCUUGGUUGAGAAUUUAAGGAGAUAUGUGGGGGAGCAAGUCCCUCCUGAGGUUCAAAGCCAGACCUGGGAAUCAGAGCGACAGGAGCUUCUAGAAACUGUGCAACACUUGCAGGAGGACCGGGAUGGCCUGCACACCACAAUGGAGCUGCUGCAGGUGCGUGUGCAAAGCCUCAUGCACAUCCUUACCAUGCAGGAGGAGGAGCUGGCCAGGAAGGUGGCAGAGCUCCAGGAAAGAGUUGUGGCCCAGAGCCAGGAGCAGGCCAUCCUGCAGCGCUCCCUGGAGGACAAGGCCGCAGAGGUGGAGGUGGAGCGGAUGGGCGCCAAGGCCCUGCAGAUAGAGCUGAACCGAGCCCAGGAGGCCCAGCGCCGGAGGCAGCAGCACACGGCCACAGCUGAGGAGCAGCUGAAGCUUGUGGCCAAUUCUGUCAGCAGCUUCCAGACCUGGCUCCAGAGCACCGUGGCUGACAUGGAACGGGCCACCACACGGCUUCCCAGCCUCAGCAGCCGAGUCAGCUAUGCCGUCCGCAGAGUCCACACCAUUCGGGGCCUGAUGGCUCGAAAACUGGCCCUUGUUCAGCUGCGCCAGGAGAGCUGCCCCCAACCCCCACUGGCCACAGAUGUGAGCCUUGAGUUGGAGCAGCUGCGGGAAGAACGGAACCGCCUGGACACAGAACUGCAGCUGAGUGCCCAUAUCAUCCAGCGGGAGGUGGGCCAGGCCCGGGAGCAAGGGGAGGCGGAGCGGCAGCAGCUGAGCAAGGUCGCCCAGCAGCUGGAGCAGGAGCUGCAGCGGACCCAGGAGUCCCUGGCUAGUGUGGGGCUGCAGCUGGAAGCAGCUCGCCAGGGCCAGCAGGAGAGCACACAGGAGGCUGCCAGUCUCCGACAGGAACUGACCCAGCAGCAGGAGAUCUAUGGGCAAGCUCUGCAAGAGAAGGUGGCUGAAGUGGAAACUAGGCUUCGGGAGCAGCUCUUAGAAACAGAGAGGAGAUUGAAUGAGGCUCGGAGGGAGCAUGGCAAGGCAGUGGUCUCCCUGCGCCAGAUGCAGCGCAAAGCCACCCGGGAAAAGGAACGGAACCAGGAGCUCAGGCGCCUGCAAGAUGAGGCCCGGAAGGAGGAGGGGCUGCGGCUGACCCAACGCCUGCAGGAGUUAGAAAGGGACAAGAACCUUAUGCUGGCCACCUUGCAGCAGGAGGGUCUCCUCUCCCGUUACAAGCAGCAGCGACUGUUGGCAGUUCUUCCUUCCCUGCUGGAUAAGGGGAAAUCUGUGGAGUCCGGCCCCAGGGCCCCAGGGUCUUCAGCACGUGUGCCUCCAGCAGUAGCACCCACCAGCAGAGAGUCCAUAAAAGGAUCGCUCUCUGUCCUGCUUGAUGAUCUGCAGGGCCUGAGUGAGGCCAUCUCCAAAGAGGAAGCUGUUUCUCAAGGAGACAACCAGAACUAUCCUCCUCCAGUCUGCCUCUGA